AUGGAGUACCAUAGACAAGAAAGCAUUAGACCAUGGAGAUUUGAAUGUGUAGUCCCAGAAGAGAAUAAAGGAUUGGAAUGUGUAGUCCCAGAAGACAAUAAAGGAUUGGAAUGUGUAGUCCCAGAAGAGAAUAAAGGAUUGGAAUGUGUAGUCCCAGAAGACAAUAAAGGAUUUGAAUGUAUAGUCCCAGAAGAGAAUAAAGGAUUGGAAUGUGUAGUCCCAGAAGACAAUAAAGGAUUUGAAUGUGUAGUCCCAGAAGAGAAUAAAGGAUUGGAAUGUGUAGUCCCAGAAGACAAUAAAGGAUUUGAAUUUGUAGUCCCAGAAGACAAUAAAGGAUUUGAAUGUGUAGUCCAAGAAGAGAAUAAAGGAUUGGAAUGUGUAGUCCCAGAAGACAAUAAAGGAUUUGAAUGUGUAGUCCCAGAAGAGAAUAAAGGAUUGGAAUGUGUACUGCCAUAG